AUGAAAUUUUCCACAUUGAUCCCAGCUGUUUUAGCUGCCAGUGGACUUACAUCUGCCAUCGGUUACUCCAACCUCACCACUACGACCCUUGCACCCAGCAGCAAAGCCGUGUUGACCACGGAAACUACUGAGUUCACCAGCAACGGCAACGACUAUACCUCUACGGUUACGCUUUUAACCACGAUCACAUUGAGUAAUAGCGCUGCAUCUGCCUCGGCUUCUACCCCUGCCUUGGCCUCUGCUUCUGCAUCUGGUGCUGCUGGUGUGUCGGUCAGUGUCAACGGUAACGCUAAGGACGCAAAUGCGCUUUUGACCACCUCGUCUGAGACUGAGAUCUGGUCCACCAUCACGUCCACUUUGUACACUACACAGAGCGUCACUAUGUCAAACAGCCAGGUUUCUUUGUCGACCAGCGCAUAUGAGAAGCAAAUUGUAGUAGGAACUUCCAACCCAGCUUGUGUUCCUCAGACGGUCACUGUCACCCAGGACCAGACCCAUACCCAAUACGUCACUGUCACCGCCUCGGGGCCUGCUGCGUCUUCAUCUGCCUACACCUGGGCUCCAGCAUCAGCUUCCAUCUACAACGGAACCAGCACUGCCCGCUAG